AAAAGAAAAAAAAUCUUUUUAGCAACACUCGGAAAAAAAAAGGUAGAACCGUUUCAGAAUCAAUGGCUGCCCCGCUACUCCUCAGAGCUCUGCCUCUCCUCCGCCUCCGUCUAGUCCAACACCACAGCCAUCUCCGUCUCUACAAUGGUUCAACAGAUCGCCGGCCUUUCUGCAGCGCCGCCGCGGAUUCAUCAGUGGCCGACGGCGAAAGCCCGCCGUCACUCAGUCAAAUAUUUUCCCCCAAAACCGGUAAAGACCUCCGGCAGUAUCCGAGAUGGGACGACCCGGAUUACCGGAAAUGGCAAGACAAAGAAUCCAAAAUACUCGAAGAUAUUGAACCUAUUAUUUGCCUCACCAAAGAUAUACUCCACUCUGAUAGAUAUCUGGAUGGAGAACGUCUUACACCAGAAGACGAGAAAGCCGUGGUAGAUAAGCUUCUUGCACAUCAUCCUCAUUCCCAAGACAAGAUCGGUUGCGGUCUUGAUUCCAUUAUGGUCGAUCGUCAUCCACAAUUCAGACAUUCGAGGUGCCUAUUUGUCGUUAGAACCGAUGGCGGAUGGAUAGACUUCUCUUACCAAAAGUGCCUAAGAGCAUACAUACGAAGUAAAUACCCUCCUUACGCAGAAAAAUUCAUUCGAGAGCAUUUUAAACGUGGAAGUGGCUGAAUUUUUUCUUGGAGAUGUUUUUUUUUUUUUUCUUUUUUUUUUUUUUUCUCUUGAUGUUGAUAUCGAAGCAAGGCUAUAUGAUUAGUCACGGACAGCUAAUAUUUUACGAGUGACGAUUAUUUUGUUUUUGUUUUUGUGUUAGAAUUGGCGUUAGUAGAUUCAGCAUCGAAUGGUGACACCGUUUUUUUUUUUUUUUCUUUUUUUUUUUAAAUGUGGUAGAUAGAAAGUGGACCGGGUUUGCAUGUUUGUUUAUAUUGUGAGACAUGAGAAUGAUUGGAGUGCUAAUUUAUUUUCUUGCUUGGCCCCCCCU